AUUAUUCAAUUAAUUCUAUAUUCAUUAAUUUUUACCACAUCAAUUAUUUUUUUAAAUAUAAUUCAUCCUUUAGCUAUAGGUCUAACAUUAUUAAUUCAAACAAUUUUCAUUUGUUUAAUUUCAGGAUUAAUAACAAAAAGUUUUUGAUACUCUUAUAUUUUAUUUUUAAUUUUUUUAGGGGGAAUAUUAGUUUUAUUUAUUUAUGUAACAUCACUAGCUUCUAAUGAAAUAUUUAAUUUAUCAAUUAAACUAACUUUAUUUUCAAUAAUAAUUUUAAUUUUAUUAUUUAUUAUAAGAAUUUUUAUUGAUAAAUCUUAUACAACAUUUUUUUUAAUAAAUAAUGAAAUAGAUUCAAUUUUUAACUUAAAUUCUUAUUUUUUAGAAAAUUCUUUAUCAUUAAAUAAACUUUAUAAUUUUCCAACUAAUCUUGUAACAAUUUUAUUAAUAAAUUAUUUGUUAAUUACACUAAUUGUUGUAGUAAAAAUUACUAAAUUAUUCAAAGGACCUCUUCGUAUAAUAAAUUAA